AUAUGUAAUAAUGUAAGUAUAUUCUACAUUCCCCAACUGCUGCCUAUAUAUAUAAACCACAUCAACUAACUUUCUCUUAUCUCACAUUCAAACAAACAUUCACAAGAACAAUAAAUCUGUGAAGAUGGAAAUAAUACCCGUGAUCGACUUUAGCGAGCUCGACGGCGAGAAACGAAGCAACACGAUGGUGCUUCUGCACGAGGCUUGCGAAAAAUGGGGCUUCUUUAUGAUUGAGAACCACGGAAUUGAUAAAGACAUCAUGGAGAAGGUGAAGCUUUUAAUGAACACUCAUUACGAAGACAAUAUGAAAGAGAGCUUCUACAACUCGGAUACGGCGAAGAAAAUGGAUAUCAACGAGUUUAUUAAGGACAAAGAUUGGGAGAGCACCUUCUUCAUUUGGCACCGCCCGAAUUCCAACAUCAACGAUCUCUCCGGCCUCUCCAAAGACCUCCAAAAGGCAAUGGACGAAUACAUCGAGCAACUAAUCAAGCUAGCAGAGAAUCUAUCGGAGCUCAUGUGCGAGAAUCUUGGAAUCGACAAGGAUCGCAUAAAGGAUGCAUUCUCGGGAAGUGUUGGCCCCACUGUGGGGACAAAAGCAGCAGUUUAUCCUCAGUGUCCGAAGCCGGAGCUUAUAAGAGGGCUCAGGGAGCACACGGAUGCAGGCGGGAUCAUUCUCUUGCUCCAAGACGAUCAAGUGCCGGGGCUCGAGUUUUUCAAAGACGGGAAAUGGGUGAAAAUCCCGCCUUCGAAGAACAAUCGAAUAUUCAUUAACACGCGCGAUCAGAUCGAGAUACUGAGUAAUGGGGUAUACAAGAGUGCUCUGCACAGGGUGAUGGCAAUGAAGGAUGGGAAUAGGCUCUCGAUUGCCACUUUCUAUAACCCGUGCGGCGAUGCGGUUAUUUCCCCUGCUCCGGAGCUUUUGCUUCCGAAUUGUGUUCGUUUUCAAGAUUAUCUGAGUUUUUACUCGAAAACGAAGUUCGGAGACAAGGGUUUUAGGUUUCAGUCCUUGAAGAACAUGGCUAAUGGGAAAGAAGAGGCUUUUAAGGCAGAGAAGUAA